AUGGACAGAACUACCAACAAAGAGGACAUCACUCUAAUUUGGUUCGAUUCCAAAAUUUAUUCCAGUAAUCUUGCAGAACAAAUAAAGAAACAAUUAAGUCAAAUCAAUGAUUAUGUUGUAUUUCAUACUGAACUGCAAUCUUGCAUUACCUUCAUUCGAUCGAUUUAUAAUGAAAAAAUUAUUUUCGUCUCUUCAAUUUAUGAUGCAUCACAAAUAUUACUUCAUAUUGCAAGUCUACAUCAAAUUGAUAGCAUCUUUGUUUUCAAUUGGGACAAGGCCGAUAAUGAAUAUUCAGUUUUUCAACAUUCCAAACUUAUUGGUAUUUAUGAUCAACUCAAUUUAUUGUGUUUAUCAAUUCGAGAACAAGUCGAUUUUCUCGAUCAACAUUUGCUAACAUUCAGCUUCUUCGAUCAAGAUGAAAAUUUAACAAAAGAUCUAUCAAAACACACUGCUGAUCUUCUUUGGUUUCAAUUUUAUCAUGAUGUUCUAUUUCAAUUAACCUACGAUAAAGAAGCUAAACAAGGAAUGAUCAAUGCUUGCCGUUCCUAUUAUCGAGAUAAUACCAAAGAAUUAGAAGUGAUUGAGAAGUUUGAAAAUGAAUAUCGAUCAGAAAAAGCUCUUCAAUGGUAUUCAAAAAAAUCAUUUCUUUCCAAGAUUAUUAAAAAAGCAUUGAGAACUAAAGAUUUCGAUCAACUGUACACAUUCCGGUAUUUUAUGAAAGAUCUAACAAAAAUUUUCGUUCGAGAACAUCAAAACAUGGUUCAGUCUGGUAAAGAAAUACUAUUCACGUAUCGAGGAAUGAAAUUGACAAGUGAUCAAGUAGAAAAAUUCAAAGAGAACAAAGGUAAACUUGUUUCAAUCAAUGGAUUUUUCACAACAACUAUUCUUCGUUCAACUGCAUUGAAUCAAGCAAUGAAACCUUCGAAACAACCAGAUCUCAUUCCUGUUCUUCUCGAAAUUCAAUGUAAUCUACAAUAUCUGAGCAAUAGUGUCAUUGUUGCUGACAUUAUCCAAUUCAAUGAAAUUCGAUAUGAAGAACAAGAAGAAAUUCUCUUCAAUUCAAAUGUCACUUAUCGAUUGGACAGUGUGAAAAUGAAGGAAGACAUAUGGUUGAUUGAAAUGAGUGCAUCAAAUGAAGGUAAACUUAUCAAAGAAAAAUAUAUCAUAGACUCACAUCGUCACAUGAAAAAUCUAAGUAUCGAAAUUCUAUUUGGACGAUUGAUGUGUGAUAUGGGUCAAUGGGAACAAUCACAACAUUUCUUUGAAUAUUUAUUGAACAAUUCGAAUCGCUAUAAUGAAGAUCUCGCAAAGAUUGAAUAUAGUCUGGGUGAAGUUCUUCAAUGGAAAGGAGAAUGGAGAGAAGCGCGAAAAUAUUAUGAUCGCGCUUAUGAACGGAUAAUGAAUGCAAAACUAGCACAUAUCAAGGAUUCAGCUAAUAUACUGUUCAAUAUUGGUGAGAUUCUGUAUCUAGAAGGAAAAUACGAGGAAGCUCUUAAUUAUUAUGAACGGGCAUUUACACUGAGAAAAGAAAAUUAUUCCUCUACCAAGGUUGAUAGACCUUGUCUACCGAUUCAUCAACACAGCACUUUACUAAGUCGUGCUCAUGCAUCGUUUUGGUUGGUUUUAUUUAAGUUCGGUGGAUUCUUUCAAUCAUCCUUCAGAUGGUUUUGGACUAAACAUUUCCUAGGAGUUUUUCGUUGGUUCCGCUCGAAAUGCGUAGCAAACAGAAUGGAGCUUGUUCAUGAACACUCAAACAAUAAUUAUUUACAACAAAUAUGUCGAAACUUACAGGAAACCGAUUGGUUAUUAAUGAGAGAGAUUCACUUGAAUGAUCAUGUGCCUAUUGCUACAAGUCUGCGUAGCUUCGGUAAAAUCCUCUUUCGGCAAAUCAAGUAUGACGAAGCACUUAUCUUUCAUAAACAAUCAUUGGCUUUACUUGAAGAAUAUUAUCAAUCUCCUCAUAUCGAUGUCGCCGUUACUCUUAUGCACAUCGGUAGCGUUUUUCUUCACCAAAAAAAGUAUAAUGAAGCCCUUGAUUUCUGUAAACGCGCAAUGUUAAUUUAUACAAAAUAUUAUCCGAAUGGUCAUGUAUACAUCGCCUCUACCCUCAACCAAAUUGGUAACAUUCUCUAUCGCAAAGGUAAGCAUGAAAAAGCUCUGAAGGUUUACGAAGGAGCAUUGGCAAUGCAACAAAAGCAUUAUCCAUUUGGGCAUGUUGAUAUAGCUGAUAGUCUCUUCGGAAUAGGGCAUGUUCACUGCGGUCAAAAGAAAUAUGGUGAGGCGAUGAUAUUUUAUAAACAAGCGCUGAACAUUUUACAAAAAUAUUAUUUUCCUGGUCAUGACUACAUUGUUAAUGCUCUAAACAACAUUGGGUAUAUACAAAAGAAACAAAGGAAGUAUGACUUAGCUCUUGAUUUUCAUCGACAAGCCCUAGCACUUCAAGAGAAAUAUUAUCCAUCUUAUUAUGCAAAUAUUGCUAACACUCUCAAUUAUAUCUCUGAUGUACUACUUUGUCAAGUAAAAUAUAAUGAAGCUCUUUACUAUUGUCAACGAGCGCUAAUGAUGCAAGAGUGCUACUUUCCGGCAGGUAAUGCCUCAAUGACCUUGAGUCUUAACAACAUUAGCAUCAUAUUAGAUAAGCAGGGGAAGUAUAAUGAAGCUGUUGAUUGUCUUCGACGAGCAUUAGCAGCUGUUAAAAACCAUAGUCCAUCUGAUUAUUCGACCAUUGCUUUUUAUACGAAUAAGAUUGGGCUUAUAUUAUUCAAGCAAGAGAAAUAUGAUGAAGCUCUUGAUUAUCAUCGAAGAGCACUCGCAAUACAAGAAAAACAUUGCUCAUCUUGUCAGCAUGAUAUUGCUAAUACUCUUGAUUACAUCGGUAAACUUCUCAUGAAACGGGGAAAGUUUGAUAAAACCCUGAAGUUUUAUGAACGUGCACUCAAAAUACAAGACAAAUAUUAUCCAAAUGGUCAUAUCAACAUUGCAACAGCCCUUCUCCAUAUGGGCAGAAAAUUUCGUCAACAAAAAGAGUCUGAGAAAGCGAUUGAAUAUGAUCAAAAGCCAUUAGAAACUCAAGAUAAAUAUUAUUCAUUAGUAAGUGUCAUCAUCACUAAUAACAUCAAUCUUAUCGGACAUGUUCUGUAUGAAGAAAGAAAGUAUGAUGUAGCAAUUGACUAUUAUCGACAAGCACUUUCAAUACAAGAGAACUUUUAUCCUAGAGACCACAUCGAAACCUCUUAUACUCUCAGCUUCAUUGGUAACACUCUAUAUAAACAACAGAAGUAUGAUGAUGCUCUUGAGGCUCAUCAAAAAGCCUUGAGUAUUCAAGAAAAACAUCAUAAAUUUCUUGAUGUCGACAUCGCGAAGAGUCUCAACUCUAUUGGUAAUGUACUAUGCUGUCAACAGAAAUAUGAUGAAGCUAUUGAGUUCUAUCAACGAUCAUUAGCUAUUCGAAAGAUAUUUCAUCCAUUUGAUUAUGCUGACAUUGCUACCGUUGUUAACAACAUUGGGAAUGCUCUGAACGGACAACGAAAAUAUGAUGAAGUUCUCGUGUUCUAUAAACAUGCGCUGAAAAUGUACGAAAAAUGUUACCCAUCGAAUCCUCUUGAUAUUGCUAAUAGUCUGAGGAAUAUCGGUUUGACUUUACGUCAACAAGAAAAAGAUGAGGAAGCCCUCGACUUCUGUCAACGAGCAAUGACAAUUUAUGAGCAAUAUUAUCCAUCUGCAGAUGAAAAUGUUGCUAAUUGUUUAGGUACUAUUGGUUACAUAUUGAGUAAUCAAAGAAAAUAUGAUGAAGCUCUCGAUUUUUACUGUCGAGCAAUGGCACUUUACAAGAAGCAUUCAUCCAAUCUUUUGAAUUACACUACUUGUCUGAACAACGUAGCUCAAAUUUUAAAGAACCAAUGGAAAUAUGAUCAGGCUCUCGACUAUCAAAAACAAGCAUUAGUACUUCUGAAAAGUAAUUCAUCUAGUGAUCGUUUUGAAAUUGCUAAUAGUCUCAGGAACAUCAGUUAUACUCUAUUUGAGCAAACGAAAUAUGAUGAAUCUAUUGACUUUUCUCAACAAGCAUUAAUCAUAUUCGAAGAAUAUUAUCCCAAUAAUUAUAUUGAAAUUGCUGAUUGUCUAUACUGGAUCGCUGCUAACUUCAAUGGCAAGUCCCAGUUUGAUCUUGCUAUUGAAACUUUGGAAAGAUGUUUAUUAAUUAGAGAAGCCAGUCUAUCUUCAAAGAACCAUUCUAUUGCAACCAUACUUGAGUGUUUGUCACAAGUCCAAAGCAACAAAGGCGAACAUGAACUCUCUCUUAUCUAUGAACAGAAUUGUUUUUUAAUGCGUCUCAAAUUUCUACCAUCGUAUCAUGAGUGUAUUGGCAAUAGUUUAUCAAACAUAGGUGAAAUUUACGAAAACCUUCAUAAAUCUAUGUUGGCACUUGAUUACUAUCAGCAAGCAUUAGCUAUCUACAGGGAAUGUCUACCUCCUGGACAUGAUAAUCUCUGGAAGAUUGAAUCAAAUAUUGAACGACUUUCAGAAGAACUUGGCAUAGAACUCAAUUAA